AUGGCCGCCCCGGACAGGAAGCAGCCUCCGUCAUUGGACCGACACCUCGAGCGGCAGAUCUUCACCACCGUCGACAAUGUUCAGUACUUUGUUCAUCCACAAAGACUGGGACGUGUCGGAAACGCAUCGAAGCUACGAGACAUCGUACCUGUAACUGGCUUGACUCUCGAACAAUACCAAGACGAGUCAUGUAUCUCAACUCUCGAGAGAUUUGUCGUGGCUGAUGAUGUCUACACGACCGGAUUCGGUCACAGGAUUGUCACCAUUGACCACCAGGACCCAACAGUUGACGCCAAAGCUGGCGCGGACAACAAGUUCCCACUACAUGUGGUGCACGGCUUGAUCCUUGAGGACUCGGAACAUCCGGUGAGACCGGGGCCCUACUUCUUAUACAACGAAGGGCUCCAUCAAGCCUGGAGGCUCUAUCCUGAUAGCCUCCGUGCCUUCAACUUUGGUGUCUUUCCAAAAAGUCUUCACAAAGCUGAGAAUAGUGCAUUUGGACCUGUCACUGCUUUGUCUCAAGAUGGACUUCACAAAGCCAUAGCCGUGCCCAGCCGACUAUACUACUCCGAUCCUUCGCCCGAGAAGCCCCUGGCCGGUAUGCGAUUUGUUGUCGACGAUUUUUUUCCAGUGGAGGGAGUAAAGACUACGUUAUCAAGUGAAUCAUGGACGUCCUUCUAUCCCCCCUCCUCAAAAACGUGCCACCUCAUCAAACACUUGAUCGGGUUGGGAGCCAUAAUGGUCGGCAAAACCAAAGUAUCGCAGUUUGGCAUUUUACACUCGGCCUGGGUCGACGUUUCUAGCCCAAAGAAUCCCCGUGCAGACGGCUAUCAAGAGGCAUUGGGAAGCUCGCCCGGUGCUGGCUCGGCGCUGGCUGGCUACAAAUGGAUUGAUUGCGCGGUUGGAAUCGACACCCUUGGUGGCUUCAUGGAAACAGCUGAAUGGUAUGGGCUUUUCGCCCUUCGUCUUAGCUCUUCCGGUGUACUUUUCGCUGAAACGGAUAUGCCCUCCAUGCGACUGAGCGCCAUUGCCUUCAUGUCACGAUCUCUGAAAUCGGUCCAACAAGCUGUAGAGGCAUCCAUCAGUAGAAUCGAAACCGCGUUAACACACAAGAACUCCUCCACACCGCCAACAAACAUCGUUUACCUGGGCCACAGGUUUUCAAAACCAAAUCUUGAAUUAUCUCUCCACUUAGCGAAUCUCGUCGACAUACCAACAGAGGAAUUUGACAUGGAAACAAGUUGGGCAACGCGAUCACCACCAAAGGCCCCGUCUCAGGAUCCGCUUCAUAACUACAUGGAAGACUGCGCAUGGAAGGCCUACUGUCAUGAUUUUGGCCAGAGAUACUACGAGUCUAUGGAUGACUAUGCUUAUAAGAAUCCAUCCGCCGAGACGAGAGAUCUACUCAGGCUUUAUUGGGAUGAUGCAGUUGAAUCCGUCUGGUAA